AAAACCCCUUUGUUACAUUCCUGUCGCAUUCUUCUUGCGCUGGAAGGGAAGGUUGGAUACCACAGACUGAUAGAAAUGUCGACGUAGAUAAGCCUCCAAGAUCGACUUCUUCUCCUGACCUUGCGACUUUCCUUGUGCCCUUGCGCUCACGGUUGAACCUUGCAAGCUUGCAGCACUGCAACUCUGCAACUCUGCAACUCUGCAAGCCCAUGAUCGUCUUGACCCUGCCAUAGUUCAACAAGUAUGGCUCAUCCCUCAACUCCAUCUGCCUCCUCUCACUCUAUUUUCGGCGGCCCCGUAAACCAAUCCCAUCACCAUCAUCACCAUUAUCCUCCGCUUCCCCCGCCGUCCUCGGUUACACCCUCGACCACUAACGCUCCGACUCCCAUGUCGGCUCUGUCCGGUGUCUCGUCCAACAACACGUUCGUCAUGCCCAACACCCCUAUGAAGAGCCGGGCCAUGAUGGAUGGCUACCGGCCUAAGGUGACACGAACACUUGGCUCACGACCCGCUUGCCUCGUAAACGCCUCUGUAACAUACUGCGGGAACAAUCAGAUCUAUGCCUUUGGCGGCUUUGACCAAUAUACUGACGAGGUCUAUAAUCAUGUACUAAAGUUGGAUCUUGUCAGCCAUCAAUGGAGUCUGGUGGAUAAUUAUGGAGAUAUCCCCGGCGUAAGAAUGGGACACACUGCAACCUUGUAUCAGGGUGAUAAGCUUCUGGUCUUUGGCGGCGAGAACGAGCAUAGGACAUACCUCUCCGAUCUCAUUGUGUUCGACCUCAAAACCGCAUACUGGACCCAGCCUCAAGUUUCUGGUAUCAUUCCCAAGGGUCGAGCUCGACAUGCAGCUGUCCUGCACGAAGACAAGUUGUUCAUCAUUGGUGGCAUCACAGGCCAUGAAAGCUAUGUUUCGGAAGACAUCUGUUACCUAGAUUUGAAGACUUAUACUUGGUCGAGAUCAUGGCGUUUCGUUCCUAGGUUUGACCAUUCGGCGUCGAUAUGGGGUGACCGGGUUUGGGUAUUCGGCGGACUGAGUAAGGAUAUGGAUAAGAUCGGCGACUUAUGGUGGCUGGACUUGAAAGGUAGUCCAGACUUUGAGUCCGCACCUCAGAUUGGAAGUACCUCGGAUCGAAAUGCGUCAGCCAGCCGUUCGAGCGAGUCCCCAAGACCUACUUUCCCCAUAGGAUCGGGCCUUCCCAUCGGAGCCUCAGGCUUUGCUGCCAAUAUCCGGACGGCUCAGGUCAACACACCUUCGUUUCAUUUAAAGAAGCAGGUACCGAUGGCUCCGGGCGCUAUCUCGGCCCUGAGAUUUGUUUCUGGGGGCAGUGUUCCUUCACAGGGAUCUGGCAUUCAUUUCCAUGUGUACUCUUCUGGGACGCUCUUGGAUUUUGUCACACCGGCUGCGACAAUCACGCCCAAGGACUGCUCACUGUCGGCCUUAGAUCUAGCUACACUUAGAUGGCAAAAACUGGCAGAGGGUCGUGAGAUCUUCAAACCGGGUUACCAGUGGCAUUAUUGUACUAUGAAUGAGGACGGCACCAAAGCCUGGCUCCUGGGAUGUACGACCGAUGCAGUCAACGACAUGGGCAAUAAUAGCUUCGAAGAGUAUUUAAGUGAAAUCAUGGAAAUUGAUCUACGACGUUACGGGUUCCUGGGAAAUAAUGCUACCCCGGAACCUCGAAAUGGAUAUUCCAGACCGACAGCGCAUGCCCGAGUGCAAGAUCAGCCAUCCAAGGGGCUCGGCCAUGAUCUUGCGAGACUAUUUAACCAACCGCCCGAGUCCGGAAGUGGUACCGAUUUCACCAUAACUGCUCUCGCUGGCGACUACGACGACGAUGAUAUGAUGGGUUCUAGUCUUAUUCGUGCAGGAGAAUCCCCGAUGGAUCAAAAUUGGCUCACACCGGAUGCGCCCACUUCUGCUCCCAUUCACGUGCACAAACUUAUCCUUCAAGCCCGAUGGCCGCACUUUGCACGUUUGUACAACGCACAAAUGGCCGAAUUUCAUACCAAGAAGAUGCACAUCCCCGAGCCAUACACUGUGGUCAAGGCCUUCCUAUAUUACCUUUACACAGACAGCAUACACUCUAGCGACGGCGUAACAGACCUUUCCGAUGUCGCAGGGUUAUUAGUAAUGUCGAACAUCUACAACAUACCGCAUCUCCGUCUCCUCUGCGUGAACCGACUGUCCAAGGAGCUUGACGUGGAACACGCAUGCAUCAUUUGGUACUGUGCGGGUUUAGCGAGCGAAGAAUGGCUGCGCAAGCGGGCGGCAUCGUUCUGUCUAACUCACUGGGGUCGUAUGGUACGCACUCAGGGUUUUCUACGUCUGCCGCGAUCGGCUCUGGUAGAGCUCUCACAGGAGAUUGACAUGGAAGGCAGAGUCAUAUUUGGUGAAGAACUCGAGUAUGUUGACAACUACCGUGGCCGGUUUGAUACCUCGGGCAUUUCGCGGAAAGACAGUAUCAGCAGUGAUCACACGCACGCAUUGCCUUCCGAUAUGGAUGAUUCGGAGGGCAUGGACCUUGCCUAAGAUGUCUAAGACGAAGAGGUAUUAGGAGGAAGAGCUCGGAGGGGCAUUCGGCAUGGCAGAACUUUUGUUUUAUCAACUCCCAUGCUGAAUAAUGCUUUGUUUAGCUUCACUAUGCAGGAAAGGAUGGCGUACAGUUUAUGGAUAACUCUGGAGACACACCUGGCGUGUAUCCCUGACGAAGGAACGAUAUCGAUAACAGCAUAUGUUUAACCGUCCU